GUUUAUUAUGUAUGUAUAUAUAUGGCAUCGAUGGAUCUCUAGUUUAUUAGUUAUAUUCAAAUCCAACAACCUAAUUAAGAGAUACGGAGUAUUUAGCUAAGAUAUUGGUAAUAGAUCACACAGAAGCUAAGCUAGCUAUUUAGCUAAGAUAUUGGUAAUAGAUCACAGUUAUGGCGUCAUUCGGAUUCCUUCUUUUGUUUGCGGCGGCCGCCAUUGCUGCAGUAGUUAGGGCGCAGUACGGGCCCUCCCCUGAUGACGACGUAUUGCAGGCACUGAAAAGUAGCCUGACCUUCAAGCCCGAAACGUCGUCUGACUUGUCUGACGCCCAUCCGUGCAACUGGAUAUCUAUUCUGGAGUGCGAUGUAGUUGAUGAUCUGGGGCCUCCCCGGGUUACAGUUCUCCGCUUUUAUGAGAAGGUUACUAGCGGGAGCCUGCCAGCCAAUCUUGAAAACCUGACCAAAUUGGACGAAUUCUCUGCGUCCUCCAACAACCUCGUCGGGGCAAUUCCCAACUUUGCUGACUCGGUCGGGUAUCUCUCGUUGGAGGAUAACCAGUUCACUUCAAUCUCGCCAAGUCUGUUCCACUACAAGCCCAACCUCACAUCCGUUAACCUAUCCAACAACGCUCAUCUUCCCAUGUGGGAGAUCCCUCAGGGUCUCAAGAACUCCUCUUUAAACCUCGAGCAAUUCUAUGCCGCUAAUUGCAAACUUUUCGGAGAACUACCCGACUUAUCCAACCUCCGAUCCUUGCAGGAACUGGAUGUUUCUCAUAAUCAGCUUAGCGGCGUUAUCCCUCCAUCCCUUGCAAGUUUGCCCGAGCUUACAAUAGUGGAUGUUUCUUAUAAUCAGCUUACUGGCGUUAUCCCUCCAUCCCUUGCAGACUUGCCCUACCUUGAAACAGUGGAUGUUUCCAACAAUCAGCUUAGUGGUGUUAUCCCUCAAACCCUUGCACAUCUGCCCUACCUUACUAAAGUGGAUCUUUCUAAUAAUAAUCUCACUGGCACUGUCCCCAAAUUUGGACCUAAUGUGACGGUUAUUACAUGUGGGAAUUCCCAUUUAUCAAACGGAAGAGGGGCGCCAUGUUAGGUAUGAGCAGAGGAUGGUAAGCUAAGGAAGAUCGGUUGUGUUUGUCCGAAAGGUUUCUACUUACCUUCCUGAUCAGGGAUAUUUUUUUUAAGGGAAAACUGUCAAAUAGGUCCUCGAAUUUCCAUAAAAAAGUCCUUCUAUAAGAGACUCUGUGCGGUCGUCGCGAUUUGGGGCGGUUCCCGGUGGAAUUUUUUGAUGAAAUUUUUUGAGCAUCUUAUUCAUCAAGUCUAGUUUACUCAUACCAAAUUUCAGCUAAAAAUUUAAUUGGGAGCGCAUUCCAAUUAAUCCGAGAACGCAAAAAUGCGCAGUUAUCUUCAAGAAUUAAUUUGAAUGUGUUCCCGGUUGAAUUUUUAGCUGAAACUUGGUAUGAGUAAACUAGACUUGGUGAAUAAGAUGCUCUAAAAAAUUCAUCAAAAAAUUCCACCGGGAACUGCCCCAAAUCGCGACGGCCGGGCAAAACCUCCUAUAGAAGGACUUAAUUGACCUUUUUAUGAAAGUUCGAGGACAUAUUUGACACUUUCCCUUUUUUUAAAGAAGAUCAGGGUUAUUAUUAAUCACUUUUAUAUAUGUUCCAUCUUAUGUGUUGUUUUUACCUACUUAUUUUUGUUUUAAAUCAAGAUGAUGUAUGUAUCAAUCAUGUCGAAGUAUAUUAAAGAGCUAUAUAUAAUUGUGCUUUUAAAAUUAUAUCAGUUUCCUUUUUA